AUGCUGCUCACUCUGAAACCUUCCGCUCAGAAUAGGAUCAAGGGUCCUCAUGAGUACGCAAUCGUCCGCCAAUCUAUUCCCACCCCGCGGUCUUCCCCGCCUACUGUUCCUGACGCUUCUGCUACCGGCGCUACGUCUCCGAAGCCUUCGCGCAGAGUAUUGCCUCCUCCAUCGUCAAUUAGUCUGCAACUGGACGUUGGCCGCUCCAACAUGGCGCCUAUGAGCCAAUUACCCCCCGCGCCGCCGGGAUGGAGCUCCUCGGAGGACUUACGCCAAUGGCUUCAGGCUAAAGCAGAGGAAGACCGCAGAUUGCAAGAAGAGGAAAAGACACGCCAGGAGUCUCUCCGAUUAGAGCAGCGGAAGAUCGAACAAAGCAUGCUUCGUGAUUCGCUGCAGUCGGGAGUUCCGCCUCAGAUGAUCCCGCUCAUCUUCGCCGGAAUCACUGGUGGCAGCCUUCCCCAGUCUGCUAUCGAAUUGAUACAGCAGUAUGCGUCCCAGAAUCCUGGCACACGCAGUAAUGCGCCUCCUCCCCCUUCACACCCUUCAGCUCCUCUGCACCAGCAACAGCCAUCCGCACUUGACCUACUACCGCCGCCACCCUCACUCUCCCAGCGGCAUACACCUUUGGCAAUCCCUGUAGACAUUCGGCGUGACUCGCGAGGCCUUCCAUCAACUACGUACGCGAGCCUUCCACCACACCAACAACCGAUUCCUGGGCCUGUUCUGUCUCAGCCUCUCACUACCCAUGGACGUUCUCCCACCAUUCAGUCUCUCGGACGUCCCCCCUUGUCAAGCGGUGCUGGAAAGGCCACUACCUCGUCUCUGUCUCGGAUCAACGGCGAAACACAUUUGCAGCAUGUUCCGCUCACGCUUAGUAACGCACAGUAUGCAACUGGCUCUUCACUUCCUUCGUCUCAGCCGGCGGGAGUCAAACAGGAACAUCCGCCACGGCAUUCUCCUCCAUCCUUAUACUUUCACCAUUGGGUCCCACCGGGCCAGCCCCCUCCAGCAAAGAACCAACAUGACUCCACCGUGAUAUCCAUUGCUCAGCCACAGCGCCGUUAUGAGUACCAGAGUUCUCCUGGUCGAAAAAGAAAGUCUCAGAUUCCCCAUCAGCCGGCUCCUCUUCCAUCCUCACGUCCCUCGGACGCUCCCUCCUCUUCGUUGCCGUCCUCCCGGCUUGGUUCCCCAAUCGCCAGCAAUCAACCACCAGAUUCUCGAGCCCAUCACCGCCAGCGCAGUGACGCAUCUAGCUCGCAUGAUUUGCGAAUGCAGGACCAUCGUGAGGCUAACCAAGGCAAUGACUCGUUACAUCAGAAGGCUGGCGUAUCGAGCACGAAUCAACGGUCGGGCGACUUGAGCCCUACAAAGGAUUCAAAUCGUGGAGAUAUACCAUCCGACAGCGCAGGCGUUCGGUAUCGGGCUUCCCACAUGUCUGACAAUGUCAACAAUUCCAACAAAGUCGAAGAUGCUGCUGAAGCUUCUUCUCAGUCUUAG